CACAACCAGAGCACUGAGAGAUAUCAGGUAUUGAUGUAACUGGAGUGAAUAAGGGAACCUUCUUCCUGAGCACAGACAUUGGAGCCUGUUAUCAGCAUGAACUCACAGGUGUUAGCUGCACCUUUUAAGAACAUUUGUGUCAACACCUGCUCUCAGAUCACCUGCAACUCUACCUUCCCCUGCCCUGACCCAACUCAUGGAACACCCAUAACUACACUUACGCCUACCUUGUUCCCAUAUGUGGAACACCCAGAACUCCACCAACAAUCACUUGAAUAGUUCAUACCCAUCCUUCACUACAGGAAGCAUCAGAAUGAUACAGCAAACUCCAAAAGUCUUAGACACUAAUGACUAUUCACAAACAUUGGGGAAAUCACAGCAGAUAUUUAAAGGAGAUGGAGAAUUGGCAGGAACUGGGCAGCAAUCAUUAUGUACAGAGAGUAAUUUAGUCAUCAAACAAGAGGACAACAUUUAUGACUUAUCUAGUGAAAUGAUUAUCCCAGAGGUUAAACCACACAAAUUUACUGAGUUUUCAAAACAUUUAAAAGAAGGGGAAAGUCUUAAGUCUAGCCAAAUGAUUCAUACAAAUAAGAAACCUUUCAAAUGUACAGAAUGUGAGAAAAGCUUCACAUGUAAUUUGCAUCUCCUUGAACACCACACAGUUCACACAGUUGUGAAAACUCACACGUGUACAGAAUGUGGGAGAUGUUUUACAUCUAAAGGAAGCCUUAAGUGUCACAAAAAGACCCACACAGGGGAGAAACCUUUCACAUGUAAUGAGUGUGGGAGAUGUUUCACAUCCAAGGGAAAUCUCAUAUCUCAUGAAAAGACCCACACAGGGGAGAAACCUUUCAUAUGUAAUGAGUGUGGAAAGUGUUUUACAGAAAUGAGUAAUCUGAAAAGUCAUGAAAUGAUUCACACAGGAGAAAAGCCUUUCACAUGUACAGAGUGUGGAAAAAGUUUUACACAAAUGAGUAAUCUGAAAAGUCAUGAAAGGAUUCACACAGGAGAAAAGCCUUUCACAUGUACAGAGUGUGGAAAAUGUUUUACAUAUAUGAGUAAUCUGAAUAAUCAUGAAAGGAGUCACACAGGAAAAAAGCCUUUCACAUGUACAGAGUGUGGAAAAAGUUUUACAUAUAUGAGUAAUCUGAAAACUCAUGAAAGGAGUCACACAGGAGAAAAGCCUUUCACAUGUACAGAGUGUGGAAAAGUUUUUACACGAAUAAAUAGUCUGAAAACUCAUGAAUGGAUUCACACAGGAGAAAAGCCUUUCACAUGUACAGAGUGUGGAAAAAGUUUUACACAUAAGAGUUAUCUGAAAACUCAUGUAAGAUUUCACACAGGCGAAAAGCCUUUCACAUGUACAGAGUGUGGAAAAUGUUUUACAGAAAUAAAUGAUCUAAAAACUCAUGAAAGGAGUCACACAGGAGAAAAGCCUUUCACAUGUACAGAGUGUGGAAAAUGUUUUACACAAAAGAGUCAUCUGAAAACUCAUGAAAGGAGUCACACAGGAGAAAAGCCUUUCAAAUGUACAGAGUGUGGGAAAUGUUUUCCACAAAAGAGUCAUCUGAAAAGGCAUGAAAGGAUUCACACAGGGGAAAAGCCUUUCUCAUGUACAGAGUGUGGAAAAAGUUUUACACAAAAGAAUGAUCUGAGAAAACAUGAAAGGAUUCACUUGAAUAGUUCAUACUCAUCCUUCACUACAGGAAGCAUCAGAAUGAUACCACAGACUCCAAAAGUCUUAGACACUAAUGACUAUUCACAAACAUCGGGGAUAUCAAAAGAGAUAUUUAAAGGAGAUGGAGAAUUGUCAGGAACUGGGCAGCAAUCAUUAUGUACAGAGAGUAAUUUAGUCAUCAAACAAGAGGACACCAUUUAUGACUUAUCUAGUGAAAUGAUUAUCCCAGAGGAUAAACCACACACAUUUACUGAGUGUUCAAAACAUUUAAAAGAAGGGGACAGUCUUAAGUCUAGUCAAAUGAUUCAUACAAAUAAAAAACCUUUCAAAUGUACAGAAUGUGAGAAAAGAUUCACAUGCAAUUUGCAUCUCAUUGAACACCACACAGUUCACACAGUUGUGAAACCUCACACGUGUACAGAAUGUGGGAAAUGUUUCACAUCUAAAGGAAGCCUUAAGUAUCACACAAAGACCCACACAGGAGAGAAACCUUUCACAUGUAAUGAGUGUGGGAGAUGUUUCACAUCCAAGGGAAAUCUCAUAUCUCAUGAAAAGACCCACACAGGGGAGAAACUUUUCACAUGUACAGAGUGUGGAAAAAGUUUUACACAAAAGAGUUUUCUGAAAAGUCAUGAAAGGAUUCACACAGGAGAAAAGCCUUUCAUGUGUACAGAGUGUGGAAAAAGUUUUACACAAAUGAAUCAUCUGAAAAGUCAUAAAAGGAUUCACACAGGAGAAAAGCCUUUCACAUGUACAGAGUGUGAAAAAUGUUUUACAUCUAUGAGUAAUCUGAAUAAUCAUGAAAGGAGUCACACAGGAGAAAAGCCUUUCACAUGUACAGAGUGUGGGAAAUGUUUUACUCAUAGGAGUUAUCUGAAAACUCAUGAAAGGUUUCACACGGGAGAAAACUGUUUCAUAUGUAAUGAGUGUGGAAAAAGUUUUACAGCAAUGAGUAGUCUGAAAACUCAUGAAAUGAUUCACACAGGAGAAAAGCCUUUCACAUGUACAGAGUGUGGAAAAGGUUUUACAGUUAUGAGUAAUCUGAAUAAUCAUGAAAGGAGUCACACAGGAGAAAAGCCUUUCACAUGUACAGAGUGUGGGAAAUGUUUUACACAAAAGAGUCAUCUGAAAAGGCAUGAAAGGAUUCACACAGGGGAAAAGCCUUUCACAUGUACAGAGUGUGGAAAAAGUUUUACACGAAUGAAUCAUCUGAAAAGUCAUGAAAGGAUUCACAAGGGAAGAAACCUUUCACAUGUUUAGAAAGUGGAAAAAAAGGUUUUUAUUGAAAUCAGGUAUUACAUAACACCAAAUAUUUUCACACAAAUAAACUUUAUAUACACAGUGUACAAACCUUUUUACAAUUAUCCUAAAGAGGACAAACUCUCUAAAUAGAAGCAUCAAAAAGGAUCCUAUUGUAAAUAAUACUUUCUAAUUUCAGUUAUAAAAGCCCCAGAUUGGAAGUGCUCUCCUGCUGUCCUUUGUUCCUCUAUAUAUGUGCACCUCAGCUUCUCUCACAUCAAUGUGAUAGAAUCCAAACAAAACACAGGAACAUACAGAUCUGUCCUCAUACUGACCAGUUUACACAACCAUUCACCACCAAAGCACCCCCAGUGUUUAUUAAUAUGCCAGUGUUAGGAGUUGUACGUUUGAUUUACAUAGGGGAGGAAAUAAUUAUAUUUACAGAAUAAAGGAGUCUUUAUAUGAAUAGAGUGUUAGAGAAUUAUAUCAACAAGAACAUCAGUCUCAAAUGAUUGACAUCUGGGAGAUAUAUUUAAUGCGCACAUCAUGUGGAUAAACCUUUUCUUAUAGCAAUAGAUGCUUAGUAUUGUACAUGUUAUAUACCAGCGGAACUACUGAAGGGGAAACUGAUUUUAUUUAAUGAGACACAAUAUCAGUAACCGGUACAUACGUGAUCAUAAUCAGUUUAAUUUAAAUGGCUACUAUAACCACAUGUAUACUGGGUAUGUAAUAUGUGUGUCAUGUGAUCAUAAUCAGUUUAAUUUAAAUGGCUACUAUAACCACAUGUAUACUGGGUAUGUAAUAUGUGUGUCAUGUGAUCAUAAUCAGUUUAAUUUAAAUGGCUACUAUAACCUACAUGUAUACUGGGUAUGUAAUAUGUGUGUAAUGUGAUCAUAAUCAGUUUAAUUUAAAUGGCUACUAUAACCUACAUGUAUACUGGGUAUGUAAUAUGUGUGUCAUGUUCUGUAACUUGAUAUUAUGUCUGUUAGAUGUUUUCAUGUUAGUUAGAAGCCACAAGAACUGAUAAUAGCACAUACUGUAUAUAUAAAGGGAACAUUAUAUGUCUGAUAAAUCCCUUUGUAUCAAGAGCACAAGUGUUAGGUAUAUUUAUACCAUUGUGUGCAUAUAUCAUGUAAUGCUGCUUUUUACUAUAUAAUGAUAUACAAUGUUUUUUCAUGCAAAUAAAAAGUGAUUGUAAUCCAGAACAGUAUUUUGUGUUUUUUUGUCUAAUUAAAAACCCAAUAUCACAGAAUAAUAAGGAAAACAUCAUCAAAAACAGAAGCCAAAUCUGACAGUGAAAGUUAAACGCUGAUAAUUUAUAUAGAGCAGCAAUUUUACCUAACUUUCUAAUUUAUUUCUAUUAUCUAAUUUGCUUUGUUCUUUUGGUAUCCUUUGUCAAAGAGUAAACCUCAGAGGCUGAUAUUCCAUUACGGAUGUGCAUUUAGCCUCUGUGCAGCAGUGCUUGUAACUAUUUAUAACAUUGCUAUAAAUGUUGUUGCAAUCUCUGCUGCCUAAAGACACGUGCACACUCCUGAGUAAACCUAGGAGUACUCUUUAACAAAGGAUACCAAGAGAACUAAACACAAUUGAUAAUAUAAGUAAAUUAGAAAGUUGUUUGAAAUGUCAUGUUCUAUCCAAUCUAUUUAAGUUUAAUAUUUACUUUACUGUCCCUUUAACAGUACAUAAACAAUAUCAAAUUAACCCCCGACCUACACCAACCCAGAUUAUUAAUCAGCAGCAAGACUUUAUACACAGACACUUUCUGUUACUUAAAUCAUACUUAAAGGGAUAGGACAUUAAAUGUGAUGAUUCAGAUAGAAUGUGUCAUUUUAAGACACUUUAAACUUUGCUUCUGUUAUCAAAUUUUAAAAGCCCCAGAUUGGAAGUGCUCUCCUGCUGUCCUUUGUUCCUCUAUAUAUGUGCACCUCAGCUUCUCUCACAUCAAUGUGAUAGAAUCCAAACAAAACACAGGAACAUACAGAUCUGUCCUCAUACUGACCAGUUUACACAACCAUUCACCACCAAAGCACCCCCAGUGUUUAUUAAUAUGCCAGUGUUAGGAGUUGUACGUUUGAUUUACAUAGGGGAGGAAAUAAUUAUAUUUACAGAAUAAAGGAGUCUUUAUAUGAAUAGAGUGUUAGAGAAUUAUAUCAACAAGAACAUCAGUCUCAAAUGAUUGACAUCUGGGAGAUAUAUUUAAUGCGCACAUCAUGUGGAUAAACCUUUUCUUAUAGCAAUAGAUGCUUAGUAUUGUACAUGUUAUAUACCAGCGGAACUACUGAAGGGGAAACUGAUUUUAUUUAAUGAGACACAAUAUCAGUAACCGGUACAUACGUGAUCAUAAUCAGUUUAAUUUAAAUGGCUACUAUAACCACAUGUAUACUGGGUAUGUAAUAUGUGUGUCAUGUGAUCAUAAUCAGUUUAAUUUAAAUGGCUACUAUAACCACAUGUAUACUGGGUAUGUAAUAUGUGUGUCAUGUGAUCAUAAUCAGUUUAAUUUAAAUGGCUACUAUAACCUACAUGUAUACUGGGUAUGUAAUAUGUGUGUAAUGUGAUCAUAAUCAGUUUAAUUUAAAUGGCUACUAUAACCUACAUGUAUACUGGGUAUGUAAUAUGUGUGUCAUGUUCUGUAACUUGAUAUUAUGUCUGUUAGAUGUUUUCAUGUUAGUUAGAAGCCACAAGAACUGAUAAUAGCACAUACUGUAUAUAUAAAGGGAACAUUAUAUGUCUGAUAAAUCCCUUUGUAUCAAGAGCACAAGUGUUAGGUAUAUUUAUACCAUUGUGUGCAUAUAUCAUGUAAUGCUGCUUUUUACUAUAUAAUGAUAUACAAUGUUUUUUCAUGCAAAUAAAAAGUGAUUGUAAUCCAGAA